GCGCUGUGCGAACGUCUCCUCCGAGGGAGUCCUCUGGGACGGUCACGUGGGCGGCGGCGGCCAAUGGGAGAGGCGCGCUGUGUCGGAGCACCGCCAUUACAGCGGUGUGCGCGCCGCGAACAUUGAGAAGCGCCGAGCCGCGCUCCCAGUCGCCUGCCCGCCCGUUUGCCUGUGAGCCUGCACGGACAAAGUGGAAGCCGCCAAGCCGCUCGCACACCGGAGCCCAGUGGAAACCUGCCCCGCGCGAACCUUCGUGGAGUGUCCGAACAAGCCCUCGACGCGCCAGUCGGGCGCUUUUGUGGAGGGGGCGGCUCUUGUUUUUGUUGUCGGUCGGUGGGAGACGGCGGCGGCGGUGGCGGCUGCUGCUGCUGCUGCUGCUUCUUCUGCUGAGACGGCUGCUGAGCGAUUGCGCCGUUUUUGUGUGGAUGUGUGUAUGUGUGUGCGCGCGUGAACGCGCGUGUGUCAGAUGCACAUAUUUUAUGGUAAACUGAAAAUGCACAUCCGAACCUCGUAACGGCUCCGGACCCGGGGGGCCUUCAGCCGUGCGGCAUCGACCCUCGCCAGCCCUGCUCUCCCUCCUUCAGCUCCGAUCGCUCUUCUUGUUCUUCUGCUGCCGAUUCUUCUUCUUCUUCUUGUUGUUUUCUGGAGGACGUUUCGUCACGAUGAAAUGAAAAAAAGGAAGGAAGGGUUUAUCUGAGGCGUCCGCUGCCUUCUGUCAUGCUCGCCAACUGACAGGACUUUGCUGGCCCGAAGAGGUCCUCGGUAGCCCCCGGAUCGCACCUUUGGAUGUUGUGUAGCUGCGAGCGAACGGCUGGGCGGAAACAAAAGCCUCGCAGAUUUGCUGUUUAGCGAUUUACUGGAAAGUGGAACGAGGAUGAAAACAUUUGACGACGCGUUCCGACUGCUGACAGGACGCGGCGGUGAGUGGCGCUAGAAACACGGGAUCGCGAAAGGAGAGAGCACUGAGCGCAGCCGAAUAACUUUACUACGGGGGCUUUAUUUGAUCUUUACUCACCAGAAGGGGGAACGGAUUGGCUCCUUCAACUUGGCCACUGUUUAUCUUCUCCACGGCCAUCACGGACCUCUAGCGCUUGGCGGACGUGUAUUGCAGCGAAACGUCCUCUCUCCCUGUGAUCAAGUUGUCCCAAGCUCAAUCAAUAAAACGAAACGGACUUGAAGAGGAGCAGAAAAAAAAAAAGUGGGCUGAGGGUGGGAGGGGGGAGGUCAGCCCGUUUCAUGUGAUCAUUUGCAGCAGACAACACGCCGGGAAUUGUGUUUGCUCCUCGUGUGUGGAUUAUGUGCUCAUUUUAAUCAAACCGAAAGCACAGAUUUGCUGGGGAUGUGCUGCUGAGGCUCGCUGGAUUACGCAGGAUCGUUUUUGUUUCGAGUCGCCUUGGAUGAGGACCCCCUCCCUUUCCUGACCUGGAUUUCACUUGCCCCUGGAAACUCCUGUCUGGAUUUACAAGAUUUUUAUUUAUUUAUUUUUUUUAAGGGGGGUUGGCCUUGCUCAAGCACUUACACUUUGGCUCUUCAUUUUUUUUGUGGAUAUUGAAUCCCCCCUUCUUCUUUUUUUUUUUGGCCCUUUGCAUUUCAUCUUCUGGGAGCUAAACCUGCCUGAUUGGGUUCACUUUGAAGUUCUUGGCUCUGGUCCUCCUUUUGGUUUCCUUGUGUGGCCCGGUUUGGCUCUUUCUGAGUCCCGGUCCCGAUUCCGACAUGCCCAGCUCUGGUGAGCCGGUUCGCCGAGGAUCAUGACUGCAUCAGCGAACUGGGUGGCAAACGGGGCGAGCCUCGAAGACUGCCACUCCAACCUCUUCUCUCUGGCGGAGCUGACUGGCAUAAAGUGGAGGCGGUACAGAUUCCGAGGCAACGGCGAGUGUGGUCCGGUGAUCUCUGCUCCCGCUCACGAUGACCCCGUCCUCCGCAGCUUCACUCGCUGCGUGCAUGCCAACCUGCUCUGUGUCUGGCGCCGCUACGUCAAGCCCGAUGCCAAGCCCGAUGCCAAGGAGCUGUGGAUUUUCUGGUGGGGCGAGGAGCCAAACCUCGUCGACAUCAUUCAUCACGAGCUGGAGGUGGCAGAGGAAGGUCUCUGGGAAAGUGGGCUUUCUUACGAGUGCCGGACGUUGCUCUUCAAGGCCAUCCAUAACCUGCUUGAGAGGUGCUUGAUGGAUAAACGUUUUGUUCGGAUCGGGAAGUGGUUUGUGAAGCCGUACGAGAAAGAAGAGAAAACUGCAAACAACAGUGAGCACCUGUCCUGCGCCUUCACCUUCUUCCUCCAUGGAGAGAGCAAUGUUUGCACGAGUGUGGAGAUCGCUCAGCACCAGCCAGUGUACCUCAUCAACGAGGAGCACAUCACCUUCGCCCAGAAUGCCUCUUCCCCCUUCCAAGUGAUACUAAGCCCCUACGGCUUGAGUGGGACCCUGACGGGCCAAGCGUACAAGAUGUCCGACCCCGCCGUCCGUAAACUGAUGGAGGAAUGGUGCUACUUCUAUCCAAUGGUGCUGCAGAAACAAGAAGGCAAGAAGGAGGAGUGCGAGCUGGGCUAUGACAGCAGCAGUCAUGUCGCCGUUGAAGUCAUCGUCGGUGGUGUGCGGAUGGUCUAUCCCUCGGCCUUUGUCCUCAUCGCGCAGAGUGACAUCCCUCAGGCUCAGCCGUUAUCUGUACAGGGGGCGAUGAGGGAACCCACCAGCUGCGGCAUCCCCCUGACGCCCCCCACGUCUCCCGAGCAGACCUGUACAGGUGAAAGUGGGAUCCAGACUGUCCUCAAUGGUCUUCCACCUCAAGAGGGAAUCAUUGGGAACACAUACAGCCCGAAGCACACCGGGAAGACGCUGUCCAAUCAGGCGGUCCAGCACGUGUGGAAGGAGUGUUACAUGAACACGUGUCAGUACAAGGUGACCGUAUCUGGUGACAUGAACCCCGACGAGGUUGUGUCAAAUGGAGCGCCAGAGUGGAGCUUCAUGAGUCCUGCAGAACGUGUGUCCUGCUGCUGCUCCAGGCAAAAGUUACAGAAGCAGCGACAGCCGCCUGCAGUCAGUCGGACUUCAUCCAACCCUCCUCUGGGGUCCAACCCAGCGCCCCCAGCUACAGCACCUCUUCCACCGCCCGCUCCGUCCAAGCACAAGGUGUUAGACAAGGCUGACAAGCUGGAGAAGCAGCCCAAGAGACUGCUCAUGACCCCUUUCCAUCACAGAGCCUCUGUGUGUGAAGACUUUAGCCUGGAGCAGGACCCCGCUUCGGCGGGCACUCAGAAACUGGCCAUUACUGCAGUGGAUCCCCCAAUGGAAGUGUUGCCAGGCCGAAAAUAUCCAAAACAGCUGCAAGCUCCAGGCAAAGCUCCAGAUUCCCCCAUGCACUCCCCCGUCUCCCCCCUUCCACCCACUCUCAGCCCCCAUCCCCGAAGUCAAGACACAGAGGGGCUCGAGACAGCAGUAAGUCUGCCAGUGUACCAUGAACUGCCACCCGGGCCCAAGCCGCCUGAACCAAGUGAUACCACGUUAUAUGCCGCCCCCUUAGCUACUGGCAAAGAGGGCACAGGCUGGUGGCGAGAGUUUGUGGUCCCCAUGGCGGAAGGUACGGAAUUCAGGCCACCAGAGCUGCACGCAGACAGGGCUGAGGUGAAGGUGGAGGCCGCUACAGAAGGCAUUGCACUAAAGAGGCUCUUCGCUCAGCCUUACAAGCGGUUCAAGGUGUCGGAGGACCGCGUACGAGAACAUGUGCAGUCUCUCGGCUACUUGGACCACACCAGCGUAGAAGGCCGAGUGGACAUCUGCGACCCUGGCGACCCGUACACCUUUGUGGAUGAGGACAUCGAGUACAGGUUCACCAACAAGAGAGGGAAGGGGCCGUGUCAGGACAGAGACCCCAGCAAGAAGGGAAAGGCUGAAGACGGCUUUAAUUCCAGGGAGGCAACGCCAAGCAACUCUACCCCAGUGCCUGAUGGGAAGGAUGCCAUGUCCAUUUUCAGUCCUGCUCCUAAAUCAGAAGACUCGCGGCAGGACAGUGCUUCAGCCAAAGCAAACCCCAGCCUGACGAGGGAGACGGACCUCGUGGUCCUCAUAUCAGACCUGGAGAAUAUAUUUGACAACUCGGACGAGGAUGAGCUGGGGGCAACGUCUUCUACGCAGCGAUUGUCCAAGCCCCCCCCAGCGGAGGAUCGCCCCCUCGGGAAGGACGUGAAGGCUGCAGUACCAUAUCCACCAACAGUGGCAGAUCUUCAGAGGAUGUUCCCCACGCCGCCCUCUCUGGAACAGCAUCCUGCCUUCUCCCCCGUCAUGACCUACCGCGACGUCCUCAACUCGGAGCCCCCUAGCAGCCUGACGGCUGUAGAAAACACCAUCGCUUCUGGCAUCCACCUGUCCGAGUUCAAGAUGGAAGUCGAGGAGGGGCUGGCCAGUCCAAAGCCAGAGGAGAUCAAGGAUUUUUCCUUUGUUUUUCAACCACUCCCAGUGCAGCCAGUGGUGGGUUCUUCCAUGUUUGCCCCUUUAAGGACCCUGCCCAGCCAAUGCCUGCCCCCAAUCAAGUUGCCAGAGUCCUGCUUCUACCGUCCAUCCUGGUCUGUGCCGCCCAAGAUGGAGCAGCUUCCACCCCUGCCACAACAUGCUUCCUUCACGAGAGAUGGAUACGUAAAUGUGCCUAGUGUGGGAAGCCCCCUGGAGCAGGACUACACCCAAAUGAGCACCCCUCAGACCAGCACGCCGGCAGCCGCCAACAGCACUGCCUCUGCCAGCAAUGCGGGGGUCCUGCCUUCUCCCUCGCCCGCCACUCCGCGGUUCUCUGUGCCCACGCCCCGCACCCCAAGAACUCCCCGAACGCCCAGGGCGGGGGGGCCGGCCAGCGGCCAGGGCUCGGUCAAGUACGACGGGACAGACCUCUGCUCUCCGGCCUCCACUCCUUCCACUAGCCGUCCUCUCAGCUCCGUCGAGCCCUCGGCCUUGCCGCCCCUGCCCGAGGCUCACAGCCUCUACGUGGUGCUCAUCCUCUCGGACUCCGUGCUCAACAUCUUCAAGGACCGCAAUUUUGACAGCUGCUGCAUCUGUGCCUGCAAUAUGAACGUCAAGGGAGCCGACGUGGGGCUGUACAUCCCGGACUCCACGCGCGAGGACCAGUACCCCUGCAUGUGUGGCUUCAGUGCCAUCGUCAACCGCCGCCUUGCCCACGGCGCUGGCCUCUUCCUGGAGGACGAGCUCGAUAUCUUUGGCCGAGGCUCCGAGGUGGGCCAGGCAGCAGAGAGAAGGCUGGCGCUGUGCCGACGGACGUCCCCCGAGCCCCCUACGCCGCUGCUCAUUCUCCUGCAGGAGCAGUGCUCCCGGCCUCUCUAUUCCCUGAGCUCUCUGGACCAGUCGGCCGCCUGCUCCUGUCCUGGCCGACAGGGGGCGCUGGCCCAGAGCUGGGCGGCAGACAAGCUGUGGGCAGACAGCAGCGACUUGUGCGAGGAGUGCUUCAACGCCCUUGAGCAGGGCCAGCAGUAUGUGGACAAUCCAGCCGGGGGGAAAGUGAAUCGAGUGCUUGUGAGGAGCAGCGGCCUUCAUCCCUGGUCACACACAAGCGUACUGGACAUCAGUAUGCUGUCCUCUCAGGACGUCGUCCACAUGCUUCUGUCCCUUCAGCCAUUCCUCCAAGACGCCAUCCAGAAGAAACGCACUGGCCGGACAUGGGAGAACAUUCAGCAUGUGCAGGGCCCACUGACCUGGCAGCAGUUCCACAAGAUGGCUGGGCGAGGCUCUUAUGGUUCGGACGAGUCCCCCGAGCCCCUGCCCAUCCCCACCUUGCUAGUGGGCUACGACCGAGACUUCCUGACGCUGUCUCCUCUGGCGCUGCCCUUUUGGGAGAAGCUUCUUCUGGAGCCGUAUGGAGGUCAGAGAGAUGCGGCUUUCCUAGUCGUUUGUCCGAACAAUGAUGCCCUGAUCGAUGGUGCCAAUAGUUUCUUCCGGGACCUCAGCGCGGUGUACGAGACGUGCCGGCUGGGGAAACACCGCCCCCUUAGCAAGAUCUCACGAGAUGGCAUUAUACGGGUGGGCAGCCUGGACUCCCAGCAUCUUGCCGAGGAGCCGGAAGAUGAAUGGAUUGCACAGCCGUGGGGCAGCGAUGGAGAGGACGACAACCUGAGCAAACUGCGACUUUACGCCCACACCUGCAGAAAUCAGCUGGCCCCUCAGCUUGCCACCCUCUCGUUAGACAGCAGUCUUCUUCUACCUCCAAAACCGCAGCCUGUGGCUGCCGCCCCCGCUAACCAAGCCUCAUCAGGCCUCCUUCCUCCUCCUCCUCCUCCUCCUCCACCUCCUCCUUCUGCGGGAGCUGCCGGUACGACGGCAGGAUCCACAGUCACUCCUGUUUCCACGGCCAGCGGUGCAUCCCAGCCAUCCUUACCCGCGGUGGGCGGCAGCCAGGGGCAGAAUGGGGCAGAACGCACCCAAGUAAACUCCACAGCUGGCAGCGUUGCGGCUCCGGAGGCAGAAAACGGACAAAACUCAACACCAGCAGCACCAGCAGCCGCCACCGCGGCUCCUCCUCCUCCUCCUCCUCCUCCUCCUCCUCCUCAAGAAGGGCAAGAAAACUCGGCUGAGAGGGAACGCAUCGGAAUCCCCACGGAAGCAGAUUCUGCCGACAGCCACGCUCACCCGCCAGCCAUUGUGGUUUAUGUGGUGGACCCGUUCCUGUGCUCCGCAGAGGAAGAGGAGGCUGAGCCCGGCAGCGUCUGGCUGCUCGGACUUCUCCGCUGCUACACGGACGUCCUGCAGAGUCUGCCGGAGGCCCUGCGGCCGGCACUUGUGUUGCAGGUGGUACCAUGCCAGUACUUGCUGCAGCCCGUGAAGGACGACCACAUGCACUAUAUCCAGCAGCUGCGCUCCCUGGCGUUCUCGGUGUACUCUCAGUGCCGGCGACUGCUUCCCGUGCAGACGCAUAUCAAGUCCCUGACGGGCUUUGGGCCUGCGUCCACCAUUGAGAACAUUCUGAAGAACCCAGAGCACCCCAGCCCACUGCCAUUGUACUCCCCACCCUUUGUCCUAAGCCCAAUGCGCAACAAGCAAUCCGAAUUGGGAGAAGCAGCCGGGGAGGCCAUGCAGCACUUUGGCGUGCUGUUUGUGGGGUACUGCCUGUCCCAUGACCAGCGCUGGCUCCUGGCUUCCUGUACGGAUCAGCAUGGCGAGCUGCUAGAGACGUGCGUCAUCAACAUUGACAUCCCGAACAGGUACGUGAGGCAGCUUUCACUUUUUACAACCCGUAGGAGGACUACAGUCGGUUAAACUGAUGACUUGUUUUACAGGGCACGUAGGACCAAGGUGUCCGCCCGGAAGAUGGGCCUGCAGAAGGUGUGGGACUGGUGCGUUGGCAUUAUCCAAAUGACAUCACUGCCCUGGAGAGUGGUGAUUGGCCGACUGGGUCGCUUAGGCCACGGCGAGCUAAAAGACUGGAGCAUUCUUCUGGGGGAAAGUUCUCUGCAGUCCAUUACGCGGCAGCUGAAGGAAACGUGUCGGAUAUGUGGGAUCUCCCCCAGUGACUCGCCUUCCAUUCUGAGUGCCUGCCUUGUGGCAAUGGAGCCCCAGGGGUCCUUCGUGGUGAUGCCAGACGCUGUGACGAUGGGCUCGGUGUUUGGCCGCAGUACGGCUCUCAACUUGCAAACCUCACAGCUGAACACCCCACAAGACGCAUCGUGCACUCACAUCCUGGUCUUCCCAACCUCUGCCACCACGUCGGAGACCUACACCAGCGAAGAUAACCCCGAUGACAUGUUUUACCUCCCUUUUCCCGACGAACUGGAGAACAACAUUGAAAGUGAAAUGAUGCUGAUCACCAGGAACCUGCAUCCUUCUCCCAACUCCUCCCCUGUCCCAUCCCCAGGGUCUCCUUCUGGGAUUGGUGGGGGUUUGCCACUUCAGCAGAGCCGGGGUCAAGGUGAGCGGCUUCUAUCCCGGGAGGCCCCAGAAGAACUGAAGCAGCAGCCGCUGGCUCUUGGCUACUACGUGUCCACUGCCAAAGCUGAAGACCUUCCCCAGUGGUUUUGGGCAUCCUGCCCACAGGCUCAAUACCAGUGUCCCCUGUUCCUCAAGGCCUCACUACACCACCAUAUCUCGAUUGCUCAUAUGGACGAACUUGCUGCAAAUAAGAAUUCCCAAAGGACGCCACAUCCCCUGGACUCCAAGAUUACCUCAGAGGUGUUAAGGUUUGUGCUGGAGCAGUACAACGCCCUCUCCUGGCUCACCUGCAGCCCAGCAUCCCAGGACCGCCGCUCCUGCCUGCCGGUCCACUUUGUUGUCCUGACGCAGAUGUACAACGCCAUCCUGAACAUGCUCUAGCAGCAACGGAACGGGGCCCCCGGCCUUCCAGACCCUUCUUUGCGAGAGACUUGUACUCGACACGUCUCCCCUCUCUGUUUACAAGAUUGCGGAGGACUUCUCUUUCUAACGUGUGUAAUGAGCGAGGCAAAGACGGGAAGAACGGCACAGCCAUCUCCAAAUGAGCGACGAGGCAGUGGGGCAGAAACCUGGGUGGGCAGUGCUGGUCAGAGAUGUGCAAAGGAACCAGGCCAUAGGGUGAGCAUGUCGCUUCUGACUUUUAAUGGGACGUGCUUCAUUGCAUUGGGGCAUGUCACGUCUGAAAAACCCUCCAGAUUUGGAAGGAAGUACCGAGUCCCACGGUGAACCUGUUAAGACGAAGGUAUCUGAGAUUGGGAACUGGACGAGACACGGGUCCAUCCGCAUUUCCGGCUGCGCCACCCGCUGCCUCCCGCAGGUAGGAGGAGGCGGUGGCAGCGCCAGGCUUAGGGAGGGAAGAGCAGCUCCACUCGAGUGAUUAGCUGUGGGGCUGGCCCUGGCCGGGUGGGCCCAGCGGCCUCGCCCACCGCCACACAGUGACGUUCUUCCACUUUUGCAAAAAAAAAAAAAAACAAAACAAAACAAAACUUAAUCAAAACAAACAAACAAACAAACAAAAUGUCGACGCUUGACGAGCACUGAGGCUUAGCGCUUAGCUGACUUGGGGGUAGCGGCAGGUGGGUGAGGGCGUUAGGUGACCCUUGUAGAUACGGCGAGCCUGUAUUCGUAAAAACGACAAGAAAACAAACAAACAAACAAACAAAAUGUAUCUUGUGUACAGUGUAAAAUUGACCUUUAAAGAAUCAGAUAUUUUUUAUUAAUCAAGAAGAACACAAGACUUUACAAAAUGAAACAAUUGAAAUUGUAAUAUUGUUAAAGAAUUAAUAAGGAAGCAUUUGCAAAAAAAAGGGGAAAAAUCCAAACAAAAAAUUGUAGUUAUAUAUAUAAAUAUAUAUAUAUGAAUAUAUAUUUUUUUUUUGUUUUUUUUUUGUUUUUUUUACAUCUUGAAUUUUGUUGUCUUAUCCGUCCCUCCCUGAAGUCAGCAAACUAUUGGAGUGCACCAAUGAUUCCGUAGUGGCUUUUUAUCGCAUGGUUUAAGGCAGAACUGAGGCAGUAAAGGCGAAUCCUGGGCUUUGUUACACUUUCUUUUGUACUUUAGGCUUCAUGUUAUUUAAAAAUUAAGUUAAAGAGGAACAAGAAACAAAACAAAUGUCUAUUUAUACGAUUUGCUGCACAUAAGAAGAGAGAGGCGUGGAGAAGCUGAGCUCACCGUCUCCGUCCCGAGGCGAGGAGGAGGACAGACGCCGGACCCCCCUGCGCUGCUCUCCCGUUCGGUUUCCUUACCAGGACGCACUUCUUUGCAGAUCUACAAGCAUGUGUGUAAAUUUCAAAGAGUAUUUUCCAGUUCUAAAAGCUGUACAUUUCAUGCAAGGGUUCUUUUUCGUUUUUUUUUGUUUUUUUGGUUCCCUUUUUCUCAAAUUGUUUUUUUCCUCCUCAAGCAGCUUUGCUGUGGGCUUUGUUUUAAUUAAGAAAAAAAAAAAACAACAAUAAAAUGAGGGAAAAAGAGCUUCACUGAAACAAGUACACUAAACAGCAAGUUUGUUACAUCUGACAUCAUUUUAAAUAUUGUUCAGAUCUAUCUUGGGGAAGAGAAAUCUGUAUCUUUUACACUCUUUUUUUAAAAAGAAGUAAGUUAUUAAAUUAUCGAAAAAAUGACAA